CUGCAUUGGUACGCAGACUAGAGGCCAGUGUGUCCAGUGGCCUCAGGUUAGAGGCUGCUCUAUAUGAGGCCAGGGAACAAUCAGCUCAGCUGCAGGAGGAAGUUACUACUACUGCUAGUAACUAUGAGGCCCAGCUCAGCACAAUGUCUGAACAUUUAGCCAACAUGAAUGAAAAAUUGGCACAGCAAAAAGAAGUCAUUGAUCAGCUGGAAUAUCAGAUCUCCAACAAGAAAAAGGGGAAGAAAUGAUGAAGUUCAUAGUUAAGGUCUGGAUCACCUUCAGGUAACUGACAUAGGCAUUUCAGCUCCCAAUUUAUUUUGCAACCAUCAUAGACAAGUUAUUAUUCUGUUGUUUUAAGGUCUUGUUAUUUUUUUAUUGCGCUAUAUCUGUAUAGUAUAAUUAUUUAGUUAUCACCAUUGUACAAAGCUCUUUAAGGGAUAUUGCAUACAAAAAUGUAUGUUUUGCAGUGUUAUGUCAAUAUUGUUAAUCAAUUAAUUGUGAUAUUUAUUUGUGAAAUGUAGAUAACUAUAUAUUUUUAUAGUGUAUAGGUACUGUAAUAGGAAAUUCAUUCAUACUAGUUAAUUACUGUAUUUUUAUUUAUAUCCUAAACUAUAAGACUUAAAGUCAACUUAUACGUACUGUAUAUCAUAUUUUUAAAUACUUUGUAACUUUACCCGCAAAUAUUGUACAACCAAUAGAGAUGAAACACUGUUUUAUUCUAUUCAAUAUUGAUAGCAAAAUCUGUUCUGGAUGUAUUGGGUCAAAGAUUUGUCAUUUAGAAAAUACUAAAGGUUGAUUAAUAAGUUUAUUUUAAUGGUAAACUAUAGCAUUACAUUGUAUUGCCAUAAUUUUAAAGUGAUGUGAUGUGGUUUUGCAUAUUUUACAAUCCAACUAACACCAGAAAAGAGUGUUAGUCCAGUCUUCAGACUGCAACUAGCCACGAGGAGAAGUCACUCGAUAAACACUUCCCACAGUUGUGGGUGCCACAGUAUGCGUAGGGAUGUGGCGACCCCAUCGCUCAGUCUUCAGACUGCAACUAGCCACGAGGAGAAGUCACUCGAUAAACACUUCCCACAGUUGUGGGUGCCACAGUGGCAGCGUAGGGAUGUGGCGACCCCAUCGCUCAGUCUUCAGACUGCAACUAGCCAUGAGGAGAAGUCACUCGAUAAACACUUCCCACAGUUGUGGGUGCCACAGUGGCAGCGUAGGGAUGUGGCGACCCCAUCGCUCAGUCUUCAGACUGCAACUAGCCACGAGGAGAAGUCACUCGAUAAACACUUCCCACAGUUGUGGGUGCCACAGUGGCAGCGUAGGGAUGUGGCGACCCCAUCGCUCAGUCUUCAGACUGCAACUAGCCACGAGGAGAAGUCACUCGAUAAACACUUCCCACAGUUGUGGGUGCCGCAGUGGCAGCGUAGGGAUGUGGCGACCCCAUCGCUCAGUCUUCAGACUGCAACUAGCCAUGAGGAGAAGACACUCGAUAAACACUUCCCACAGUUGUGGGUACCGCAGUGGCAGCGUAGGGAUGUGGCGACCCCAUCGCUCAGUCUUCAGACUGCAACUAGCCACGAGGAGAAGUCACUCGAUAAACACUUCCCACAGGUGUGGGUGCCACAGUGGCAGCGUAGGGAUGUGGCAACCCCAUCGCUCAGUCUUCAGACUGCAACUAGCCACGAGGAGAAGUCACUCGAUAAACACUUCCCACAGUUGUGGGUGCCCAGUGUGAUGAACCUAAGAGAUUGUUUAAAUUUACCGAUGAUUUUGUUGUCAAAAAUUAUUAAUCUAGACAGUUAAAUUAAAUAAGUUAUCUACGUCUAUUGUUGGAAAAUAUUUUUUACUACAAACAUAUUGAUAAUCACAGCUUUUUUUACACCAAUGAAAUCACGGGUGACAACUGCUAAGAUGUCAUGAUCACAAGGAUAUUAUUGAAAUGUUACUGGUAAUGCAGUGGAAGAUUGAUCUUGGAUCUUGCCACAAUCUUAGGACAUUCUGAAUGUCCGAUAUUAUCAAAUUCAAAUUUACGAAGUACCUAACUUCCUUCGAAUCGACGGUUCCUGGAUACAGCUAUUAAGAAUAGCUGGAAACUGGUAUUAAGAAUCUGAAUCAGCUCUCCACAAAUGUUUUAUUUUGGCUUAGGUUUAUCACAUUGGAGGGUGUUAAUACUGAUUUUAAAAUGCAUUAAAAAGUUUUAAUCACCUUAAAAUAUGACGAUGAUGAUGAAAUGAUGAUGAUGAUGAACUAGGUGUUAUCAGACUGGUUUUUGCUUAGAAAGAUUUUUACCAAAACUCUGCUUUCAAUAUAUUUUUUAUCUUUAAAUUAAAAUUGGUAAUAAAAAACUUUUAGAAGAAAGUGAUUUAAAUUACUUGUAUGUAAAAUGCUAAUGGAAUCACAUAUCAUCUAAGCUACACAGUCUGAAAAUACUCAGGAUGGAAUUCUCAGUGUUCAGUGUUAUCAAAAUGAAGUGAAUCCACCUAUGUGUAUUCAUUGGACUGUGCCAACAUUGCAUGAACCUUGAGGAGGAUCCUGAUUAACUAACCCACCACAAGGUGGAGGGUUACUCUUUGUUUUCAACACCGGAAAAAAUAUGAUUAUUUCUAAAUUCAUGAAGAAAACUUCUUUAAGUCCUGUCUUACUGACAAAGUACCUUAUGUCCACUUUUAGGCGCAAAGUAAUUGAUUUUUAAUAUAUUACAUCAUCCAAUCUGGCAUAAGAACUGUAAUUUUUUUUUUUUUUUGUAAACUGGUUUGCGUUUUUUUUAUUUAUUUCAUAAAUAGCUUUUGCAAACAGCUCUAUGACUAAGGUGUAAGUAAUUGUGUAGAAAAAAAGGAGUAACCUUAUCCUGAGCAUUAUUAGCACUCAGCUUUUAUCUCAGAGAGAAGAGGAAGAAGAAAGAGAAAAGAAGAAGAAAUUUAACACGUUAAGCACCUGCUUGCAGGUGUAGCAGCGUGUUCGUGAACUUGGAACUACCAAGUUAGUGGUCUGACAUGGUAAUUCUAUCUUCACAGGCCAGUCCUUGGCUUAACUGUACAGAGGUUGAACUGGACAGCAUCUUCUGUUAAAUACAUGAAAAUCCUUGAUGGAAAAAGGAGUUCUUGUAUUUCUAUGUCCAUAUUAUAGAUUUAUAUAAAUGUAUAACCCACUCUUUUAUAGUCCUCGCCACCCUAAGUUGAGGCAGCCCAAUGGCUGCCUCAACUUAGGGUGGCGAGGACUAUAGUGUAAAUGUAACGAAUGCUUUUAAGUCUUCAUAGUUAAAUUAUGUUAAAGCCCCUUUUGAAAUAAAAAUCCAGCAUCUUAAAAAUACCUCACAAUAAUAACAAUUCGUCAUUUAAAAUGCUUCAGUUGGAUUUAACAACCUUUUUAGGGAACUGGUAAAUAUUACAAAAAUAUUAAAUAUUGACAACUUUUGCUCAAUACAUCCAUCCAUUCCAGUUAUGUAACUUAUUAAACAAAAUUACUUUUGGGAACAGAUUUGAAUUUGUAACAAUACACUUAUUAUUAGGAUUUAAGUAGUUUAGAAAAUAAAUACUCAGAGAGUUGCAGCUUAAGUUUAACCAGAAAUUCCUAAACUGUCUAGUUAAUUAUUCAAUCAUAUUCCUUUAGCAUAAGAAGUGUUUUAGGCUACUGUAAAAUUUUAAGUAUAAAGAAUAAUAUCACUCAUUGAAUUAUUUAGCUUCCUCUAGUUACUUUAACGAUUUUGUCCUCCUUUUGAGUUAAAUUUGUUUGGUAUGUAGCCUAUUGUAUCAAUAAAAAAAUAUUGAUUAAAUAAA